GAGCGAUCUACAUGGCCAUUUACGUGCCCAAAAACGUAACAAAAUGUCAAAACAGCUGACACUUGCAUGUGCUCACGUGAUAAAUUAAGUCAUGUCACGGUCUACUGCACAGGUGUAACUGUAUGUUUGUUUACAAAUUGCAUUGCUAAGUAAUCGCAAGUUAAAAACAAGAAUGAAAAGUUUUUUUAACAAAUUAAAAACAGAAGCAAAGUUCUCUAGGGCAGGACCAGGACAUAAACUUACAGAUGAUACGAGAACCAGACCCACUGACCCUGGUCCAUCGAACGCACCAAAUGUUCGAACCCAACCAAUGUCGUCGUCGCAGAUGAACGCUGGGUGUGCUGCGUUGGCACGACAUGAUGAAAAAAGCAAACAAGUUAAAACCGUCGUUCCGAAAGUAAUAAAGAACAAACCAGUUAAGGUUGCUGACAAUGGGAUGGGAAACAAUGAAAGAAGUUCACCAACACCAUCACCACGUACGAGCAUGGAGACGUAUGUGGGUUUCAUAUCUCCAUUCACCAAUGAAGUUGUUACGAAACCUAAUUUACAAAAUCAUUUGCGUGAAAACUUUAUUUUGAACCUGGGUCAAAAUGGCGUCACAGUUGCCGUGCAGAUGAUGAAAACAUUGAACACAAGCCAGGAUAAAGUGCAAGCUGCAGUUGAUAUUAUUAUUAGAUACAUAGACAACAUCAUAGCCCACCCUGGUGAAGAAAAAUAUCAAAAAAUACGAAAAAAUAACAAAGUUUUUACUGAAAAAGUUGCUUCUGUUGAGGGGGCCGAAGAAUUCCUUGAAGCAGCUGGGUUUCAAAAAAGAAUGGGAGAAAAUGAUGAAAUAUAUUUUAUCCUAAACGACACCGAAGUGGAUUCGUUGAAAAGUUCAAAAGAAAGUUUGCAAACAACGGGACGCCUUCAAGUUAAGAUUCAUCGAGAUAGGAAGAUCAUCUUAAUCAAAGAUGGACCCCCGUCACCAGUUGUACUUUCAAACGACUUUUUCAAAUUAACUUCCCAGGAAGUAAAACAAGAACAAAUCGCAAGGACUGAGGAAAUUGAAUUAAACAAACAAUUACGGACAAAAGCAAUGAGAGAAUCAACAAAAAGCUCCCCCAUACACAGAUAUACUAUCAUACGAAUCAAGUUUCCUGAUGCAAAGAUCCUGCAAGGUACGUUCCGUGCCAGUGAAACAGUUUCUGCCUUGAAUGAAUUCAUCCGAGAUAAUAUCAACUUUGAAUGGGCGGUAUUUACGUUGAAAACAUCGAUUGGAGAAACUGUAUCUGAUGAAAGUCUUACUCUAGCAAAUGCAGAUUUGGUACCGACCUCCCUGUUAAACCUCGUGUGGAAUGAAGAGAUUCGAACUCAAGUACGACAAGAACAAGGGGUGGAAUUGUCUCUUAAAACAUGAUGAAUAUUAUUGGAAUAUCCAGGAGUUUACAAGCGGGGAGAUGUGGGGAUCCAACUUAAUUUUGAACAUUUCUUUACGCAACGCGCGAAAGCCGGUGAUUUUAUAAAUUAUUUUACACAAAAGAGCGUAGUACCUAACUACACCCUGCUUACAAUUAAGAAGAGAUUAUAGUUGGACCACUGGGUCAGAACCGUUUAAGUGUUUGUGUUGUGUCAAUGUUGUUGUGCCUA